AAGAAAUCAGCAAAAAUCGCGACGAAAAUAUAACGACGAAUACAGCGAGUACUACGUCAAAGACUUUCCUUUUUCAAUCAAAAACGACCCUCCACCUUACAGUUGGUAAAAAGAAAUGUCGGGUAGUGAGCAAGAAGGCAAAGCAGAGGCCAAAAUGGUUUCCAUUCCGCUGUCAUCUGACGAAGAGACGCCAGGAGGUUAGUGCAUGUAGUAGGCGAACUUAAGACUCGUAAGCUCUUAUUAAGCACUUAAUGCUAGUUGAAAACGGAAUAUCUUAUGAAUGGGAUUCAACCCAUUUCCUCCUCUCACAGUGGUGGGAAAUCUUUUUUAAUUAUGGUAUAUAGAUUCAAACCAUUUUAGUGUCAAAGAUGGCCAGAGUCAAAUUCAAUAUGUCUGUAUAAUUUCCACACAGCCCAAUAAACUCUCCAGUCUCAUGCUAUUCCAAAGAGCAUAACUAAUUGAACAAUACUUGGUGGUUGUAUUUUAGGUACAAGUGGUCAUCAUUCGAGCCUUCAGAGUUAUAGUCAUGCAGGAAGAGAUAUUAGUGUGCUCCAAAGUAAGAUAUAAUUGUCUAUUAUAGAUACAUUGUACACUGUUGUAUCAGGCCUUGGGAAUACUAUUUAAGGUGAUUCCCUAGUAAAGAACCUAACAUCGAUUGUAGAUGAAACUUGGUACACUGAUGUAACAAGUCAAGAAGAUGAUAAAAAGGUAAUAAAAAGUGGGGGUCACCGUGCUCGUUUUGACGUCACAAUGCUGACAAAUACGGCUAUUUUGGACCCUUUGACAAAAACCACCCACAGCCCAAAACUAGACAAAAAGGAAAGAUUUUUUCAAUGAUGCAUGUGGUAUCGCACAGAAUUUGACUUUAAUGUAUUGUUUAUCCACUUACGUACCAGAAAAAUGCCUUUUAAUGCCCUUGUUUUUACUUUACGCUCCUAAGUAGAAUUAAAUUGGACACGCGCUAUUCGACACGUGGUAGCUCAAUCUGUACAAUUUAAUAAAAUUGCCGAAAAACUGAACAUAGAUUUGUGCCAAUUUUUUUUUUCACUGAAAGGUAGCACUGCCCUUAUUAAAAUCAUGAAAUAAAAAAUGAGGGUCACCGUACUCGUUUUUGCGGUAGAGCUGCAGAAAGUGCACACCAAAUGCAUUUUCCUUGAUGUUUGAGAGAGGACUGGGGCGAGUUUCAAAAUAGAAUGUAUGCGAAAGGGGGAAGAAAGUAUUAAAAAAUCUGUUUUUACAGAAUUUACAUCGAGAUAUCACAUUUAGGACACAAUGUGAUAAAGAAAGCGUUUAAAUGAAAAUCAGAGUGAAUAAGCACAAAUUAAACAUCCACUAUUGAGGUUCUCCAUGAGGAAGUCGAACUCAGCAACACGCAUACUGCUUAUGUUUUGCACAUUCCCACCACAUUGAGUCUCACCUCGGCAAGAAACAACCGCAAGCAAAAAUUGCAAUAGCGUUUCUCUUCUGUCAAUUUCAUUUUAAUAAUGUUACUUCACAUGCUCUUUUUUACGGAGGCUAUCUUGUUAUGCGCAGUAAGAGAUACGCAGUGCAAAACCAGGGAAUCACCUUAAGUACCCCUCUUCUCUUCAGGGUAAAGGUAUUGGCUACUAGACCAUCAAAGGGUUUCAUUCAGCAUAUGCUGCCAAAUUAUUUUUAGAGUGGAAUAUCUGCCCAGCUGGUUUUUGAUGGUAUUCAAUGUCAUGCCAUCAAAAACUAAAAUCAAAACUAUUGGAUGCCUGAAGCUACUGUUUUGACAUGUUUAUGGAAUAUUAAUAAAAUAAUAUAUGACCUUGCCAAGUCUCAGGCAGGGUCUCAGGUCUGUGUGAUUCUCCUCUGCUUAGUUAUUCCUCAAAAUGUGUGCAGAACUUUAUAGGGCUUAAGAUGGGUACGCCUUAUUAUUUUUGUGCUCUUCAUUCUCGGAGGGGCACAAAUAUUGCGGCCGAAAGUUAGGCAAGUGACUGAUGUUUACUGUAGUUUUGCCACAAUUUUGUGCAGUUUUCCCCACCUAAACACUUUUUUUAAAAAUUUCACUGUUCAGAAAUGUCAUUUUUACAAAUGUGAUGCUCCCUUAUUUGCAGCUAUUUUACUAUUGUAAGGUGUCAUGACAGUCACAAAAAUGAUAUUAGUUGUUAUAAAACGUACUGUUACAAAAUAAUGCGUCUACAUGUAGGUGAAGUAACAGAUGAGGAAAAGGAUGAGGCAGAUGAGAAAAACCGGCUCAUCACACAAGUACUGGAACUUCAAAACACUUUAGAUGGUGAGUAGUAAAAUACAAAGCUAACUCUUACAGAAUGUAAUAGUAAAUAACACACUGCAAUAUUUAUUUAGGCUGUAGUCAAUGAUCUGUCUAGAUAUACCAUUGACCUUAAAAAAGUGUGGACAUGGACUGUGCAAGGAAAAAGAAUAAUAUUGAUUUAAUUAUUUUGCUAACCAUCACAUUAUUUAAUAUUUAAUUGCAUUUACCUUGUCAUAGACAUUGAUUUACAGUCAUUUAUUGCUCUGAUAUUUUUUGUUGAAUUUAUAGUACCUGCCUAUUAUCCCUAAUUGCUAUUUAUUUAUUUUGCCAAAUGAGAAUAAUACAUUAUUUAAAUCUAUAAAAAAAUGACAAUCCAGCAAGGAGCAUGGAAAAAACUAAGAAGUUCAUAAUGCUUGGGCUCUCUAGAAACGGAAAGGAAGAAGAACUAUUAAAUAAGUGGAGUGAAACAGAAAUUGAAAGACAAGUUUAUCCUAAACCUACAAUAAAAUAGAUAAGAUAAGUCUAUUUCAUAGCAGGUUUGUCAUAAACAAAAUUAAUGUUACAUUAAUUUUCUUUUAGAUUUGUCACAGCGGGUUGAUGCUGUUAAAGAUGAAAAUCUUAAACUCAAAUCAGAAAAUCAGGUACUGAAAGCGCACGUUCCGACAACUUCGUUAAAUUUUGUACCGAUUCAGUGUUUUGAGUUCACCCUUUCUGGUGGUUAUUUCAGAGAUGCUCUAUAUGUCUACUCACCUCUUUCACUCAUAAAAGAGUCAAAACCCAAAAUUUAUUAAUGACUAUACUUCAUAUACUGUAUGAUGAAUAAUAUUUUAUUGCAAUUAAUAAUUCCUCGUUCCCAGGUUCUCUCUCUUACCCCUCUCUCUCUCUCUCUCUCUCUCUCUCUCUCUCUCUCUCUCUUGCUCCGUAGGGACGGGUAAUAGAGAACCCUGGGAUCAAGGUUGGAAUAACAGAUAAAUAAUUAACCCAGUACAUGUAAUGCAAAAGUGCUGCAAGAUAGGUUUUCCAUGAUUAAUGGUCCCAUCACUGGAUUUUGUAAUGUGAAGGGGGCGGGGGGGCACAUUUUAUGUAUUUGGUCCAUUACUGACUCUGAUAUACAACUGUGAAAAAACGUUGUCACUUAAAUUUAUAAACCAUCAACGAUGAGGCUUCAAGAAUUUAUGGAUAUAUAUUCAUUAGCACGGCAAAUUUAAAGUUCUUUCAAAAACUGAUUGCAUUGUGACAAGCUGCUCAUGCGGAUGCAAAUCCUUAGGGUACUUUGUUUAAGGCAUGCUGUUGUCUUUUUGUGUCUUCCAAGAAAGCGUUUAGUGUGUAUGAGCGUUAGCAAAAUGGCUGCGCUCUUCAACUGUAGAGAUCUCUGAUGUGCCCUGCAUACGUAAAGUUGAGAGCUUAUCGCCAAGAAAACUGGAAACCAUUUGAUCUUUUUUGGAAUCCAUCAUCAUGAAAAGAUUUAAUAAUUUUAACUUUUCUGGAGUGAACUUUGAAUUUGCAAUGCUGAUAAAGUUAUACCCAUAAAUCCAUUUUGUCUUCAUUCAUGACCUAUACUUUGCAAGCGAUAGCUUUUCAUUCAGGUGUAUAUAUGGUUACAUAUUAAUGAGAGUUUUAAAAGGUUUUGCUUUAAUUAAAAUUAUUCCCCACUCCCCCUUAGAAAAUAUUAUGUUAUUUUUGUAGUAGAACCCUGAGAUUGUCAAUGUGCUUUUGAGUGAAAAAAUGAAAGAAUUUCGCAUGAAACUGUCACUGUCAAGUGAAAAUCAAGUCUCAUUUCCAUACAAAAUAAGAUGACUAAAUCAAACACAAAGAUCAUAUUGAAAGGUGGAUGACUUAUUUCUAAGUGGGUCUGAAUGUCAUAUUAAGAUGCCAUUACAACUCAGCGAGUGUAUGACAAGUGCUCGCUCAUAAAUCCAUAACAUUCAGAUCCCAUAAACAUCUGUAAGUUAGGGCUUGUUACUCUCCAUAUUACAUACCAGGGUAUCCAAAUAGCAAGCAAUCUGUAAGGCAAGAAUUGACUGUGCAUUCAGCUAUGAAUUAUAUAUUAUGUGCUUCAUACAUGAAGUGUAGAUUGAUGGUCUACUUCCCAGAGUGUAGUCACAGCAAUGGCUUUACAUUACAGUGACAACUUGUACCUGAUGAGCUAACAUGAUCUUUUGUACCUUGUUUAAAUUUUAAUAUUCAAACUAUUUGAUGCAUUUUGGUUAAUAUUAUCGAUCAUUAGGUGCUUGGACAAUACAUAGAGAACCUGAUGUCAGCUUCAAGUGUGUUUCAGCCAGCCAACCCUGAUGGCAAGAAGAGGUGUGCACUGAUCCAUUUAUACAGGCUUCUGAAACAACGUUUCCUAUUAGAAAUAUAUAGAGAAACUGUAUAGAUUGCCACAUAAUAGAACUUUCUGCUGGAUAAUGCAACCACCUGAAAAUUCUGCAUAAUUUCCCUGUCAGAAGGCGUCAAUUAUAAUAAUAAUCAUAACUAUAACAAAAUUGUCAAAUCUGAUUGGCUAUCAACUGCCCUGAAUUCAGCCUUAAUUGGACAGUUUAAUAGGACAGUACGCGUCAUGCCUAAGUAAUUAAUCAGAACGCGCCAUCACGCGCGCGCUUAUAUGGCUUUUUUUUUUCACUACUAGCAAAACAAAAUUUCGAAUUUCUUGUGUUUUGAUGUAAAAAAUAGCCUAUUAUAUUACAAAUUUUGUUAAAAUUAUGAUUAACUGGUAACAGAACUUCGUGUCGUCCAAUUCGGUCUGUAAUCAUACUCGUGAUUAAACAAAUUGGACUCCCGCUACGCGGUCGUCCGAUUUUGUUAAUCACUCGCAUUACUUAUGCCACUGAAACUUGAUGGACACUGUACAAGCAUGUUUUAGGCUGUGUGGCUUUGACCAGUCCAAUAGUAAGAUGCUGACACAAAAUUUUAUGUAAUGUUUUUUAAUCUUGUGAUUCUUGGGCCUAAAUGUUUGAAAAUUAUUAGCACAAAAUCCAGAGGUAGUUUUUGUUACUACCCUUGUGCUCUGUAUAAAAAAAACCAGGGCUAAAGCUAACAAGCCAACUAUAACAACUUCAGCGUGAUUUUUAAAACCUUUCCUACUAACUUUAUAUUGCUUGAAAAAACCCCUUCACCAUUGUUCUAUACCCUGCCCCUCCCUCCCUCCCUGAGGUGUUGAUAUCUGCUGAUGGUAAUUGCGAGUUUCUUCCUUUAUUUAGGUCAAGUCCUUCAAAGCCAGGAACAAAAAAGGGAGAGAAGAGAUGA